UCUCUCUCUCUCUCUCUCUCUCUCUCUCUCUCUCUCUCUAGAUGAUGCUCAGUCCGGAUCACUCUGAUUCUGACCUGCUGUGGCCUCAGUCGGACCCUGAAACGCUCCUCAAUGUCAUCAAAGUUGAGCGUGUGGCGGACAAGCCCCCGGAAGCAGGUGCGGACAGUAAGGCCCGUUUGCGCUCCCUGGCGCCCCCCCUGACCCGCGAGGAGAAGCGGCGGCGACGGCGCGCAACCGCCAAAUACAGGCUGGCCCACGCCAUGCGUGAGCGCAUCCGGGUCGAGGCCUUCAACGUGGCGUUCGCAGAGCUCCGGAAGCUGCUGCCCACACUUCCGCCCGACAAGAAGCUUUCCAAGAUCGAGAUCCUGCGGCUCGCCAUAUGUUACAUAUCCUACCUGAACCAUGUGCUAGAUGUUUAAACCCCGAGGAGAACAUUCAG